GACGCUGACCGCUAAAUACCCUUAGGAGAAAAUAACACUCGUAAAGCAGGUUGGCUAGGUUAGCGAAAAAGGGACUUGCGGUUACAUGCACGUUAACGGAAAGAGAUAUUUAAGCUUGCUUCGAUGUUUUUAUCAGUUUGAGUUCAUUGACAUAUGCGAAUGCAACUUAGACUAUAUUUCAAACAUUUGGUGCUCACAGUUUCAACUCGAGUGGGAAUAUGUAUUGGAGUAUUGGACUCGCUUUAUUCAAUCUCUGUCUUCUCAGCAUUGUGUUUUUCCAACGUCGGAGGCGACAAGGUGAACCACCUUUGGUUAACCACACACUUCCAUUCAUUGGGGCGGCUCUUGACUUCGGUAAAGAUCCGUUGAAUUACUUAAGAAAUCUUCAGUCGAAAUUUGGCGACGUUUUUACAAUCAAACUUGCAGGAUGGGACACACACGUGUUCAUGAACCCCUUAGACGUUCGUAGCCUUGAAAGAGCUAAGUUUUUGGGCCACCAAGAAAUUAUUGGCGAUUUCGUGACCAGAAUGGUUGGGAGUCCGCACAGUAUUCAUAACCACGAACACCUAGCGGAAAUCUUUCCAAAAAACGGGAAACCAAAAAAUCCGGAUCAAGUUCUAUCUCCCGCCGCUGACGUGCAGAAAAAACUGACGCACUCAAUUGAGAAAAAUCUACGCGGAUCUAUGCAGCUCAAUCUUCUGUGCUCGUCAUGUAAACCCGUGGUGGUCAACGCUUUGCACCGAACGCUCGGACAUACGAUGAAUCAUCAUAAACCGAUAAAACUUCACGAAUUCAGCAAGAAACUGAUCUUCGAUAUCACUUUCAAUCUUCUUUUCGGAUCACUCCCGGACUACGAGAGAGCAUCCGAAGAAACGGAAAGAACUUACGACGUCUUCAAGACCUACUUCAAGGGAUCAGCACUUCUGGUCGAUCGCAUACCGAUUCAUUUGCUUCCGGAGACCAAAAAAGCAAGAGGCAUCUUCUUAAAAAUGAUGGAGGAAUUAGAUUGGUCGAAACGAGAGAAUGUUUCAAAGUUAAUCGAUGAUAUUGUCAAAGUUAAUCCAAAACUUGAGUUUCUAAAGCAACGGGCUCGGCACCUCAUGGUCGUUCUGUGGGCGGCACAGGCGAAUACAACACCUGCGCUUUUUUGGACAUUGUUUUAUCUCAUUGCGAAUCCCGAUGCAAAACGUGCAGUUCUUGAAGAAUACGAACAACUACGUCGACAGAAAAUGAAGCAUUCCUCUGUUCGCUCAGAAGAAAAGGGCUGGCCAACGAUGAAAGAUAUACUUCAAAUUGAACGGAAGGAUUUAGACAAACUGGUCAUACUUGACGGGUGUUUGCGUGAGACCAUGCGUUUAACUGGAGCCAGUAUGAGCAUAAGAAAAGCCACAAGAGAUGAAAGUAUUAAAACCUCAGACGGUAAACAGUAUUCUGUAAGAAGAGGGGACUAUACGGCUUUCUUUGCCCCUGUAACACACAUGGACGAGGACAUAUACGAAAACCCGCAGGAUUUCGUGCACGAUCGUUUUCUCGUAUCAGUUGACGAUACGAGCUCAAGCUGCAGUUCGACCGACAGUGAUGCUUCCUCGCCCUACCUCAACACAGACGGUCGCAAAUUUUUCGGGCAGCUCAAACCAAGGUCACGGUUCACGAAGAACGGACAGAGGGUAGCCGUGUCAAGAGCAAUUAUGACAUUUGGUUAUGGCGUGACUCGUUGCCCAGGACGUCAUAUUGCAUUAAUUGAAAUUAAACUUGCAGUACUAGCGAUGUUAGGUCAUUUUAACGUACAGUUUGUUGAUUCUAAUACAAAACCUCCUUCGUUUGAUCUUACACAUUUAGGAUUCGGCGUGAUGCCGCCCGACACUGAUAUUGAAGUGUUAAUCGCACCAAAAUGUUGUUAAAAUGUCGAUUUUCAUAAGAUAUUAUUGUCUUACACAUAAAGCACAAUCAUAUUAUAUUAUUAACCUCAAUUCCAUUAUAUAGCACUGUAGGGUAAGGUGGAAAACCGCAAGCAUCUGUAUCCCAUAUUUCCUAAUCGUGUUUUUAACAAUUCACAACGCCAUUUUAGAUUCUCUUAUUGGCUUCUGUUUUAUAAUUCUGUAAAUAUUCUUUGUUUACUACUAAAUGAGGCGAGAAAGGAGAAUGAAAACGUGUCAUAUUUUAUCACACCCUACUACAGAAUUUUGUUUUACAAAUUUAAAAUUUUAUGUUCGUUUAUUUGUUGUAUUUCUAUGUGUUAUUUUGAUCGUUAAAGUUUUAUUUGUUUUACUCCACAUUUUCCAUCGCAAACGAUCAGCAUAAUGUCGGUGUUGAGAAACAAAAUAAUGAAAGUUUAAAAACCUAAACGUAUUUUGUUUUUAUACCUCUCGUUAUACAUUUUGCACAUAACUGCCGAAAAAGCCGAAAAGUUAUUCACGCGGUUUUCGUGGUAUAACGUUUGCGCAACCAAGCUUGUAACUACCGUGUUAUAUCAUGCAAGCAUCGCAUAUACUCAAUGUGUUGUAAGUCUCGUUACUAUACAUUGUGACAACACUUAUCAAAUGUUAGUUCUUGUAUGUAUUAAAUGUAAAUGCUAUACA